AUGUUGUGUACGUUACUCAAUAAGCACAGAUCACAGUGUAAGCUUGUGACGCUUCUAACGACGCUUCCGGCGUAUGUGACCGAUAUCUAUAUCUUCAUCAACUGCUCAAUCGGUACAGCGACUGACUACGGACUUGAAGACCGGAGUUCAAUUCUCGGAAGAGGCAAAAGAAAUUUCUCUUCUUUACAGAGUCCAGAACGGCUGUGUGGCCUAUCUGGUCUCCUAUCCAGUGAGUUGGGGUCUGGUUCCCUAGGGAUACAGUGGCCGGGGCGUGAUACUUCAGUCAUAUUCAUCCAGCGCAGAGCUGGAUCAUAUGAGGCAAUUUGCACGGAUCACUUGACAAUGGUGCUCCUUGCUGCAGAACAGGAAUUGUAUUUCUUUCGCACGGAACACUUACACGGCUCUGGAUCUCUGGAUCAGGGGGUGGAAUCUUGAAUAGGGGAAAGGGCAACACGGUAACUACUGCCUCUACGAAUGUCUGCAGUAACUACACGCAGGUCUCGACCAAUCAGAGAGCCUAAACAAACCAAUUUGAAUACCCAUAAUUACUUGCGGUUAUCGUGGUGCA